UUUCCUUCUUUAAGGUGGAUUCCCUGCAUUGAGCAGAGGGGUUGGACUUGAUGGCCUCACAGGCCCCUUCCAACUCUACCAUUCUGUGAUUGGACCUGGGAGAUCAGCGUGACCACUGGUGAAAAUCCACUUUUCCCUUUAAGAGCGUCUGGUUGCCUGGAAGCUGUAAUAAGAAAGAAUCGUUGGCUGAGCUGUGAGGCGAAGCAAAGGACCCCUUCCCACAAACCUUGCCCUAUGUAUCAAAGCGGUUUCAGAGAUUCAAGGAGAUCCUUCGGUCCUUUUAGGAGCGUUUGAGUGCUGAGAGGAAAAUGGAUGUGCAAAGCCCAGCGAGGAAGGGAGCAGCAAACAGCCCUAACCCCAUCCAGGCUGGAAGCAGUGGGGAAUUCUGGGAAAAGAUUGAGCAGAAGACCCUGGAACAAGGAACGGUCAGAUUGGACGUACAGCGCCAGCGGUUCAGGGGGUUCUGCUACCAGGAGGACGAGGGCCCCCGAGAGGUUUGCAGCCAACUCCACCGUCUUUGCCAUCAGUGGCUGAAGCCGGAAAGGAAUACGAAAACCCAGAUCUUGGACUUGGUGAUCCUGGAGCAGUUCCUGGCUGUCCUGCCCCCGGAGAUGAAGAGCUGGGUCCGAGAGUGUGGGCCGGAGACCAGUUCCCAGGCAGUGGCCCUGGCAGAAGGCUUCCUCCUGAGCCAGGCAGAAAAGAAGAAGCAGGAAGACUUGCAGGUGCAGGAGUCAUUGCUGGACAUACCUGCGCGUUCCCCUGAGUCAGGAAGAGAUCCGUCCAAGAACAUUCAGAAGCCGUUCUUCUGGGGGACUGUACCUGAGGAUCAAGCAUUGGACGCACCACUUGGCAACGGGAUUCCGUCUCUCGUCUUCUCUGGAUCUUCACCCCUCCAGGAGAGAACAGAAACAGCUGCAGGGCAGUCAGCUCAGGGUCCGGUUUCCUUUGAGGAGGUGGCUGUGUGCUUCACGGAGGAGGAAUGGGCACUGCUGGAUCCGGGCCAGAGGGUGUUACAUGGGGAAGUUCUGCUGGAGAAUUACUGGAAUGUGGCCUCUCUGGCAGAUCACAGGGAGAAUUAUGCUAAUCUAGGUGCAGAAAGAAACCAGGAAGAGAAGUUCAGAAAUCAAGACGGGUCCAAAACAGAGGAAGGAAUCCAAACGGAGGAGGGGAAGAAUGAAUCAUGCCCAGGGGAGAAUUUCCAUGAAAUCCCCGUUCCGCAAGAAAAACACAAAGGGGCAAGGAAGCACACCUGCCCAGUGUGCGUGAAAAGCUUCAAUCGGAAAUCCGACCUGAAUGUCCAUUGGAGAAUCCACACUGGAGAGAAGCCGUAUAAAUGCCUGGAGUGUGGGAAGAACUUCCGGCAGCUUGCCAGUCUCUCUUCACAUCAAAGAAUCCACACAGGGGAGAGACCGUACAAAUGUGCAGAGUGUGGAAAGGGCUUUUACGACAAGUCAAGCCACCUCAUACACCAAAGAAUUCACACAGGCGAGAAACCGUAUCAGUGUUUGGUCUGUGGAAAGGGGUUCCAUCAGAGCUUUGGGCUGACGUCCCAUCAAAGAAUCCACACAGGAGAGAAACCCUAUGUCUGCUCAGACUGUGGAAAGAGCUUUUAUGACAAACCGCACCUUGUUAGACACCAAAGAAUCCACACUGGGGAGAAACCCUACACAUGCGCAGAAUGUGGAAAGAGCUUCAGCCAAAUCACAAGCUAUACUUCCCAUCAAAGAAUCCACACAGGAGAGAGGCCCUUUAUCUGCUCGGAUUGCGGAAAGGCCUUUUACGACAAAUCAAACCUCCUCACACACCAAAGAAUUCACACAGGAGAGAAGCGAUAUAAAUGCUUGGAGUGCGGAAAGAGCUUCAGCCAGAAAAAAAGCCUCACUUCCCAUCAAAGCAUCCACACAGGAGAGAAACCGUAUCAGUGCCUGGAGUGUGGAAAGAAUUUCAGGCAGCAUACAGACCUCACUUCGCAUCAAAAAAUUCACACAGGGGAGAGACCGUACCAGUGUCUGGAGUGCGGAAAGCGGUUUUAUAGGAAAGCGGAUCUAAACAGACAUCAAAGAAUUCACCCUGGGAGAAGUCACGUAGGGGGAAAACCAUAUGAAUGUGCAGACUGUGGAAAGCGCUUCAGUCAGAGUACAAGCCCCACUUCUCAUCAAAGAAUUCACACAGGGGAGAAACCAUAUGAAUGUGCAGACUGUGGAAAGCGCUUCAGUCAGAGUUCAGGCCUCACUUAUCAUCAAAAAAUUCACACAGAGGAGAAACCAUAUGAAUGUGCAGACUGUGGAAAGCGCUUCAAUCAGAAGAUACAACUCACUUCUCAUCAAAGAAUUCACACAGGGAAGAAACCAUAUGAAUGUGCAGACUGUGGAAAGCGCUUCAGUGAUAAGCUACAACUCACUCGUCAUCAAAGAAUUCACACAGGGGAGAAACCAUAUGAAUGUACAGACUGUAGAAAGUGCUUCAGACAGAAGAUACAACUCACUUCUCAUCAAAGAAUUCACACAGGGGAGAAACCAUAUGAAUGUGCAGAGUGUGGACAGCGCUUCAGUCACAGGAUAAGCCUCACUUUUCAUCAAAGAAUUCACACGGGGGAGAAACCAUAUCAAUGUGCAGAGUGUGGAAAGUGCUUCAGUCGGAACACAAACCUCACUUCUCAUCAAAGAAUUCACACAGAGGAGAAACCAUAUGAAUGUGCAGACUGUGGAAAGCGCUUCAGCCAGAAGACACACCUCACUCGUCAUCAAAGAAUUCACACAGGGGAGAAACCAUAUGAAUGUACAGACUGUGGAAAGUGCUUCACGCAUAAGAUACAACUGACUUCUCAUCAAAGAAUUCACACAGGUGAGAUACCAUAUGAAUGUGCAGACUGUGGACAGCGCUUCAGUCGGAGCACAACCCUCACUUCUCAUCAGAGAAUUCACACAGGGGAGAAACCAUAUGAAUGUGCAGACUGUGGAAAGUGCUUCAGUGAGAAGAUAAAACUCACUCGCCAUCAAGGAAUUCACACAGGGGAGAAACCAUAUGAAUGUACAGACUGUAGAAAGUGCUUCAGACAGAAGAUACAACUCACUUCUCAUCAAAGAAUUCACACAGGGGAGAAACCAUAUGAAUGUGCAGAGUGUGGAAAGUGCUUCAGACAGAAGAUACAAUUGACUUCUCAUCAAAGAAUUCACACAGGGGAGAAACCAUAUGAAUGUUCAGACUGUGGAAAUUGCUUCAGACGGAACGUACACCUCACUUCUCAUCAAAGAAUUCACUCAGGGGAGAAACCAUAUGAAUGUGCAGAGUGCGGAAAGCGCUUCAGACAGAGUGCAUACCUCACUUCUCAUCAAAGAAUUCACAGAGGGGAGAAACCAUACAAAUGUGGAGAGUGUGGAAAGUGCUUCAGAUGGAGCACAAACCUCACUUGUCAUCAAAGAAUUCACACGGUGGAGAAACCAUAUGAAUGUGCAGACUGGAAAGCACUUCAGUCAGAAGAUACAACUCACUCGUCAUCAAAAUAUUCACACAAGGGAGAAACCAUAUAA